AUGCCAUUGGCUUCGGAGCUCGAGAGGAUUUUGGAAAGCGGUGUUAAGGCCGUAAUUCCUAGUCGCUUGAUUGACCAAACAGUAACCGCACUUCCUAAUGGCAUCAAAAUUUCUGGUAGCACAUUUACCUAUUCGGGACGACUCAAUGUGUUUGGGUUCGGAAAAGCAGCUAUGGGUCUGGUAAGACAAACGACCAAAAUUUUGGAUUCUCGAGUUGAUGCCGUCGUGUGCUGUAUACCUCAACCCACUGAUAGAGAAUUGGCCGAUUCUCCCGAACUCUUUUCUGACGCUGAUAUCAAAUCCGCGAGUCGUACCAAAUCAAAAGUGUUUACAUUCUAUGGCCCUCGCACUAACGAGCCAAAUGAAGAGGUGGUCAAGUCCUCACUGAAGAUGGCUAAAAUUGCUGCUGAAAUGGAGGCCGGCGACCUCCUACUUGUCUGCAUCAGUGGUGGUGGGUCGGCACUAUUAACUCUGCCCAGUCCAAUUGAUCCCACUGUGUCUCCUUGCAAUUUCUCUGCCAAGCGCUUAAGCCUGGAUGCUAUUGUUAGAACGUCAAAGCUCCUUUCUCUCGAAGGAGCGGCCAUUCAAGAGUUGAACAGCGUUCGAAGUUGUCUCGAUUGCAUGAAAGCGGGUGGUUUGGCCCGCUUCGCUGCUCCAGCCCAGGUUGUGGGUCUCAUUCUCUCCGAUGUGAUUGGCGAUCCGAUCCGUUUCAUCGCCAGUGGGCCGACUUACGUAGAGACAGAAAGUCUCAAUGGAGUCUCGCCAUUUGACAGUGCUCUUUCCACCCUUGAUAAGUACGGACUCCGUGACAAAAUUCCGGUGGAGGUGAAGAAUUUUCUCAUGUUACGGCGGGGAACUGGGACAAAUCCUUCCGUAGUGGAACCAAGGCCAGUCAACCACAUCAUCGGCAGUCUGUCAAUGGCUCUAGAGGCGGCUGCACACGAUGCCGCAAAAGUGAACCCCUCCUGUCUACCGUUGAAUAGCACUGUCUUGCAGCAGGACAUCUUCCGUAGGACCCCUGUGGAAAGCUUUGAAUGCAUCCUACCAAUCAUCCUCACUGACGCAAUAAAUGGAGACAUGACCGAAAGAGCUAUCGCCAUCGCCGAUCUAUCGUGGGGGCUUCGACGACUUAUUCAGGUUUUCCUGAAGAAACCCGAAUGUACAUCGAGACACGUCACUGAAAUGAUGGGAGACCGUUUAAAAGCUGCGCAGAAGCGCGUGACCGGCAGGAAGGAGUACUACCGCGAUCUCGUGCACGCUUGCUACCUGGUGGCUAAAGUUGCCAGUGGUCAGCUGCCUUUGGAGGGAAUAUCAAGAGGUCGCUUUCUCAGCGGUGUCUGUCUCCUCCUCGGUGGAGAAGCGACAGUCAAAGUCGUUGGUGAGAGAGCACAAAGUAUCAACGGUGGGCGCUGUAGUCACGCGGCUCUCACUGCCGGUGUGCACUGGUUCGACCUCCGCACUGAUCAGUCCUCACCGUCACCACCGCCACCUCAUCCACCCGUCUCCGUCCACAUUAGCCUCUUCGCCCGAGCUUCCGACGGUCUAGAUGGUCCUACGGCGUUUGGGGCGGGCGCGUGGUCAACUGAGGAGAUGAUCAGGGACGCGGAAGAGGCUAAGAUGGCGAGACAAUGUCUGGCCUCUGGUGACUCAUAUGGCUUUUUCGUGCGGAGCCAGGUUGAUGCAGAUAGAGGCCACUUCUUGCCUGCGCGUCUCACCGGCACUAAUGUCAUGGAUCUCUUUAUGUGCCUCAUUGGUGUCUAUGCCUAG